GUUUCUUUCUUUGUUUCUUUCUUUCUUUUAAACUAAACUACUGAAAAAGCGUUUCAUGGAGAAAGAAAAGUUAGCACUGACGAAAAGAAAAUCGCAAAACAAGAAUCUGCAAUAACAAUAAAAAUCCGCAAAGGGUCGCUGUUUAACAACGAACUUAAAAUCACAGCUCUCCACCCAUUUUCUUAUAUUUCACCAUCCCAUAAAAUCGAGGAGGAUUGCUACAGAAGGUUGUAUGGCGUAUAUUGUCGAAAUAAUCCAGUAUAGCUAACAGUAAUUAGUACCCGGCUCUUUAACCAAAGAGAUAUUCAGCACGAUUCAGAAUGGAAAAGAAGAUAUCUUCCUUUCAUUUACUGUUUCUCUUGAUUUCUUUUUGCCUCUUUAUCCGCGCUGUCCGUGGAGAUUUAAGUUACACAGUGCCAGAGGAAACAAGACGUCAGUAUGUGAUCGGAAAUAUAGCAAAGGAUCUUGGACUCGAUGCCAAACAAUUAUCAGCUCGUAAGGCUCGAAUGGAGACGGAGGACAGCGCCAAGAGGUACUGCGACAUUAAUCUGAGUAGUGCAAAUCUGGUCGUGGUAGAAACAAUAGACCGAGAGGAGCUUUGUGGAACGAAGAUGUCUUGCCUUCUUAAUUACGAGCUUGUGUUGGAAAAUCCUCUUGAUGUGCAUCGCAUUUCACUGCACAUUCAGGAUAUAAACGACAACGCGCCCAGAUUUCCUAAUGAUCGGAUUACAUUUAACAUGAUGGAAUCAGCCGUUAAAGGAGAACGUUUUCCUUUGGAUGAAGCUCACGACUCUGAUAUAGGCCAAAACGCGGUUCAAGGAUAUUCACUUGAAAGAAAUGAUCAUUUUGUUUUGUCGGUUAAAGAAAACGCAGAGGGAGGAAAAUACGCUGAACUGGUGUUGGACAAAGAGCUGGAUCGUGAACAGACGAAGGAAAUAGAUUUAAUAUUUACUGCGACUGAUGGAGGCACUCCACAGAGGUCUGGUACUGCACUUAUCCACAUCAAUGUGCUUGAUGCUAAUGACAAUACCCCGGUUUUUAGUCAGUCUGUGUAUAAGGUUACUCUGGCUGAAAACGCACCGCCGGGUGCAGAAGUAGUUACAGUGAGCGCUACAGACGCUGAUGAGGGCGUAAACGGAGAAGUCAGUUAUGAAUUUAGUCGAAUAUCUGAUAAAGCCGCAAAAUUAUUUUCUAUUGACAAGAUAACUGGUCAAAUCAUGGUGACUGGAAACAUCGAUUAUGAAGAAGAAUCUACAUAUGAAAUGAGAGUGCAAGCCAAAGAUGGAUCUGGCUUAGCAUCCACUGCUAAAAUUAUUAUAGACAUAAAUGAUGUAAAUGACAAUGCUCCGAGAAUUAUUCUCAAAUCACUGAAUGAUCCAACACCAGAGAACAGUAUAGUAGGGACCGAGGUGGCCAUUAUUAAUGUGCAGGAUAAAGAUUCAGAAGAUAAUCGAAAAGUCAGAUGUUCAAUUCAAGAAAAUGUUCCAUUCCGAUUAAACCCAUCUAUCAAAAACUACUUUUCUUUGGUAACUACGAGCUUGUUAGACAGAGAGAAGGAACCAGAUUAUAACAUAACAAUCACUGCUACUGAUGGAGGCUCUCCACCUUUAUCCUCAUCCAUGACCAUUCAUCUAUCUGUAUCAGAUAUCAAUGAUAAUCCUCCUGUAUUUGAACAGCAAUCCUACACUGCAUAUGUAAUGGAAAAUAACCAACCAGGAACCUCCAUUAGUUCCGUUACUGCAAGAGACCCAGACUGGAGGCAGAACGGUACAGUCCUGUAUUCUCUGCUGCCCAGUGAGAUAAACGGUGUUCCAGUGUCCUCAUUUUUAUCCAUUAACUCAGAUACAGGAGUGAUCCAUGCUGUCAGGUCAUUUGACUAUGAAAAGUUCAGAAACUUUCAAGUCCAGGUCGUAGCCAGAGACAAUGGUUCUCCUCCACUCAGCAGCAACGUGACUGUGAGUGUGUUCAUAUCAGAUGAGAAUGAUAACUCUCCACAGAUAUUAUACCCUGCUCCAGAGGGAAAGUCUUUAAUGACUGAGAUGGUCCCUAAAGCUGCUCUCUCUGGCUCUCUGCUCUCCAAAGUCAUCGCCGUGGAUGCUGACUCUGGACAGAACGCGUGGCUGUCCUAUCACAUUGUCAAAUCUACUGAUCCGGGACUUUUCACUAUUGGGCUCCAUAGUGGAGAGAUCAGGGCUCAGAGGGACAUUACUGAAUCUGACAGCAUGAAACAGAACCUUGUUAUCUCAGUCAAAGAUAACGGACAGCCGCCUCUCUCUGCUACCUGUUCUGUAUAUUUACUGAUUUCUGAUAAUCUUGCUGAAGUUCCAGAACUUAAAGACAUGACUUAUGAGGAGAGCAAUUCCAAACUGACUUUUUACUUGAUCGUCGCGCUAGUUUCCGUGUCCACCUUCUUUCUGACUUUCAUUAUUCUCAUCCUGGCUGUGAGGUUUUGUCACAGGAGAAAGCCCAGUCUGUUGUUUGAUGGAGCAGUCGCCAUUCCCAGCGCCUAUCUCCCUCCCAACUAUGCAGAGGUGGAGGGAGCUGGAACUCUGCGCAGUUCUUACAAUUAUGACACGUAUCUAACAACAGGAUCACGCACCAGUGACUUCAAGUUCAUCACAUCUUACAAUGACAACACUCUUACUGCAGGUGGAACUCUUAAGAAGCCUCCAAGUGACUUUUUAGAUGCCAAUCUGAUUACAAUUAAUAACACAUGUGAUGAUGGAGAUGAGGUAAGAAAAGUGUUAACAUGAUCUAAACCUUAUAUA